AGCCAGUAGGAGGACUAUCCCAUGCCAGGACUUGUGGUGGCUGCAGCGGCUGCCUGGACUGGAGGAAGAAGAAGUUUACUGGAGGAGCAGCGACAGGAGCAGCUCAGGAACCGAGCAAGGACUUUUUUUUCCCCCUUAAAUCUUUAUUUUUUUCUUAUCAUCGACAGUCUAGAGAACAGAGCAGCUGGGACAAAGUGAGCCCAGAGAAGUGAUCAACCUGAGAGCAAAUUCCAGCGGAGGAAAAUGAGCCUCUCAUGCUGCACUAAGCCUGUAUGACGGGCUGAGGCUCUGACUCAGGACUUCAGUCCACUCUGUCUCUCUUUCAGCAGCCUGGACUGACAAAAGGGAAUCAAAGAAAGAGGGGGGAAAGAAGAAGAAAAAAAGCGCUCCUUUCACUUUGAAAAGGAAAUCCCAAGAUUCACAAUGGAGGAGGGAUAUGAACUGGACCUGACGUAUAUCACGGAGCGGAUCAUAGCCGUGUCCUUCCCCCGGGGCUGCUCCGAGGAGGUCUACUCACACAACCUGAAGGAUGUCACGCGAAUGCUCAAAUCCAAGCAUGCGGAUAAUUACCUGAUUAUCAACCUGUCGGAGAGAAGACAUGAUCUCUCGAAAAUGAACCCCAAGACUCUGGAUACAGGCUGGCCUGACCUGCACGCUCCACCUCUGGAUAAGAUCUGCACAAUCUGUAAGGCCAUGGAGAGCUGGCUCAACGCUGACCCUCUACAUGUGGUGGUGAUACACUGCAGGGGUGGUAAGGGUCGAAUCGGUGUCGUCAUCUCAUCCUUUGUGCAUUUCACUGACGUGUCAGCCAGUGCUGAUCAGGCGUUGGACCGCUUCGCCAUGAGGAAAUACUACGAUGAUAAGGUCUCUGCUCUGAUGACACCUUCGCAGAAGCGGUAUGUUUGGAUCCUCAACAGUUUACUGAGCGGAUCCAUGAAGAUUAAUGCCUCCCCCCUGUUCCUGCACUGUGUCAUCCUUCAUGGGAUCCCAAACUUCGACGCCACAAGAGUGUGCCGUCCUUACAUCAAGGUCUACCAGGGGAUGCAAGCAGUGUAUUCAUCUGGAGUCUAUCACAUCGGUCUGGGCCACAGAGACCGAGUGUGCAUCAGCCUGGAGCCUGCCCAGCUCCUGAAAGGAGACAUCAUGAUUAAAUGCUAUCACAAGAGUGACGUAACUUCCGAGCGUGAAGUUAUUUUCCGGCUGCAGUUCCACACGGGAGCAGUGCAGGGUUACAACCUGAUGUUUGAAAAAGAGGACAUGGAGACUGCCAACAAAGAUUCCAGAUUUCCAGAUUACGGGAAAGUGGAGCUGGUGUUCUCCGAGGGACCAGAGAGGAUUCCAGGCGCUGACAGGUGGCAGAACGGAGCAGAUGUUAUUGUGGACUACAACACCGCAGAUCCUCUAACCCGCUGGGACUCAUACCAGAACAUCUGUGAUGGUGAAGCGCCACGCUCUCAAGGCCUAACCCAGGACAAAGCAGCUAACAAGAGGAGCCCCAACGGAGGAGAGGCCACGCUGGGCCGAGGGGCCCGCACCACCUCCGCCACCUCUAGCCCUGACCAUAGCGACCACGCCCUCUCUGUCAGCAGCGACUCGGGUCUCUCCAGCACUUCUCUGUGGGCAGACAGACCCACACCUGUGACCACCACUGCCGCCGCCACCACCGCCACCACCAUCAAGGGGAACCAGGGACCCAGCCAGAAGGAAAAAGUCCAGCUGAAGCGCCUCCUCAGCGGUUUUGGCCUUGAGGAUCCCUCGCUGGAGGAGAUGGAUGAUCAGAGUGCCAGAGUGGGCAUCCAGCAGAUAGUCCCAGCACAAGUGCACAUCAAUGGAGACCCUCAACCCCGAGAGAGGGAAACAGACAUCCUCGAUGAUGAGGUCAUUACAGGUCAUGAUCUGCACAGUGUGGACAGCUUGGGGACUUUGUCGUCUUCGUGCCACAAGAGCAGUCAGAACUCCCUGCUGUCUGAUGGCUUUGGGAGUCCUGGAGCAGAGGAGCAGCAGAGCCAAAGCCAGCACCACCUGCACCAUGCUGCGCCUCCUCCUAUGGAGGAGUAUGAGAGAUCCUACGCUGAGGCUAGAAGGAGCUGUCUGAACUCCAGGAGCAACUCUGUGGCCUCCUCUAAUCCCAGCAGUGCUCCGAUGCCCAAGCAGCAUGUCUACAGACAGGGAAGUUACUCCACUCAGUCGUGGGUUCGCCAGCAGCAGAUGGUUGCUGCACAACAGUUCAUCUACAUGCCAGAGGAUGGAAACGAUACAGAGAGAUAUCCUGGCAACAAGCAGGGGAGCAGUUUACCCAAAGCAGGCCUUCCUGUGGAGCCACAGGCCCCUCCCAUCGAAACGGCAGCACCCCACGAGGAACAGGCAACGAUAAACAACAACAAUAACAACAAACGCGAUGAGGAGUUCAAAUCUCUGACAAUGGACAUCGAUAAUUCCAUCGAUCAGCUCAAUCAGCUGAUCAUGGACCUGGAUCCCACGUUCGUGCCAGUGUCAAACCACAGCAGCUCCAUCAAGAGGAACGGCAGCACACAUGUCAACGGCUCAGUCGGCAAAUGCUCAAACGGCGUCAAUCUCAGAUUCAACAACAAUAACGCAGCGACCCUGAAAAACACGCAGCAGACAGCUGUCCAGUCCGGUGAGGGCCGAGCGGGUGUCACCAGGAAUCUAAGUUGCCAAAGAAGAGAUGUGACAGAUCACCCAGGCUUCUGUAACUCAGGGUGGGGUGAGACGGAGGAAUGCAGGGGCCAGGGGACAUAUUCUCCCUGCGUCCCACAGUCCCAGCAUUCCAUAUUGUACAGGAGUGACAGUGCAGAUUACAGAGCACAGGGCCCAGACAUGGACAGCGGAGUGGAGGCUGGGAGUGACAUGACUCCACCAACUCCUGCCUUCCCCAUCUCCCCACCAACACCGUAUGUGAAAACCAUGGCAGAAUUUACCCACCUGAGGCAAACUUCAUCACCCAGCGUGCAGUCCUUUGGAGGCUACAGAACAGACCAUGAACCCCAGGGAUAUUCAGAGAUCAGUCAUGUUGGAGUGGAGAGUUUGCCAGAUUCCUCAGUGAACUGCCACAGGACGCUAAGUUCGACACAUUCUGCAUCUAUUGUUGGGACCAUUCAGCAGACAGACAGCUCAUCCGUGAGUCAGUCCUGGCCCGAACAUCCCGUCCUAAGCCGCCACUCCUCUUUGAGCAGCUACUCCUCUGCCAGGCAGCCGCCUUACCACGCAAUGUCACUGGACUAUGGCCACCACUCUCCUCCCCUACACCACCCCCACAUCCACCCUGCCCCUAAUGCCCACAGCUCUCCUCGGAGCAGCCAGCGAAGCCACAUGGCUUGCUACGCUCUCAACCGCAGCCCCCCUCAAAGCUUUGAUGAGCAGGAUGACUCGGGCCUGGGCUACGGCACAGACUGUCCCAACAUGGGCAUCGACAGGGAUCUUUUAACCUCCAUGGAUGGGCAGAGUCAGUCACAGGCGCCCCAGAUCCAACCCCCGCUUCUGCCUGAGAAGAAGAGGGCGUCAGAUGGGGAGCAUUCGCUGGGAACAGCCUCUCCAGCCCUCAGUGGGUUCUCAAGUCCCCACAGUGGAAGCUCCCUGAGCAUUCCUUUCCCCAACGUCUUGCCUGACUUGUCGGUUCAGACACCAGGCACAGCCUCACCUCUGCCAGAUGUGCUGGCCAGCAAGCAGGUUACUGUAAAAUUCGUGCAGGACACAUCAAAGUUCUGGUACAAGCCAGAUAUCUCAAGGGAUCAAGCUAUUUCAGUCUUGAAGGACAAGGAGCCUGGCUGCUUCAUCGUGAGAGACAGCCACUCCUUCAGAGGGGCCUACGGUCUGGCUAUGAAGGUGGCUACACCCCCUCCUUCGGUUCUCCAGCAGAGCAAAAAAGGAGGAGACCUAUCCAACGAAUUAGUGCGCCACUUCCUGAUUGAGUGCACACAGAAAGGAGUGCGGUUGAAGGGUUGCCCCAAUGAGCCUUAUUUUGGAAGCUUAACUGCGUUGGUCUGCCAGCAUUCAAUCACCGCCUUGGCUCUGCCUUGUAAACUCAUUAUACCUGAUAGAGAUCCCCUUGAAGAUGUUGUGGAGAAUACCUCACAAUCAGUCACUAACUCUGCUGCUGAGCUGCUAAAACAGGGUGCAGCGUGUAACGUGUGGUACCUGGGCUCCGUGGAGAUGGAGUCCCUAACGGGCGUCCAGGCGGUGCAGAAAGCCACCAGCAUGACUCUGAACGCCAACCCUCCACCAACCUCCACCGUGGUCCACUUCAAAGUUUCUUCUCAGGGAAUCACCCUCACUGACAACCAGAGGAAGCUCUUUUUCAGGAGGCAUUACAAUGUCAGUACAGUAAUAUUCUGUGCUCUGGAUCCCCAAGAUAGAAAGUGGAAAAAAGACGGCUGCCCACCAGCAAAAAUCUUCGGCUUUGUGGCGAGGAAAACUGGCACUUCCAUGGACAACAUAUGUCACCUGUUUGCGGAGCACGACCCUGAGCAGCCAGCAAGCGCUAUUGUCAACUUUGUUUCCAAGGUGAUGAUCGGCUCGCACAAGAGUAAGUAGGGCAGAGCUGGUCACCCGAACAGGGGUUUUCUAAGAGUAGGGACAACGAAUGAAAGACUGAGCAAAGGACUGAAUAUAAGGACUGAAGGUGGCGAUGACCUGGAUGUUAACUGGAUGUUACACACACACAUGCGUUAUAAUCGACAUUUCCGGGACUUUCAGUGACAUCUCUUAACAGAAAACUAUCAAUUCCUUUCUAGUCUGUUAUUUUACUCUCCACUGUAAGUACUGUAAAUUAGCCAAAUGAGACAAAAAACUCAUACAAAAUGUGGUUUCUACUGGUUCACAAGUGUGCUGUCUUAAACAGCUAGAUAUAAUCAUUAUCGACAUAUUUUGAGUACAUAAUACUAAGGCUGCUUUUCUUCUUCAUGCAUAGCAUUUUGUGGAGAAAUCAAGAAAACCUUACAUUGUUGCAUGUAAAUUUUUUACAUCUAAUAUUUUACCAAAACCAACUUCUUUUAAGCUAUUAACAGAGUCAUGUUGUAGAAGCACCUCUCUGCUGCGUCUGCCCAGCAUGCAGUGUUUCCAUGUGGAGCUGAUGUCAUGCUAAAGCAGCGCAGCUCAUAUGUAUAAUUUUGACUUUGGGAAUGGCUACAUCACAUACAAGAUAUCUAUGUUACUUUAAUCUAUGCAAUGUAAAUGUUUUUAUUUUUUUAAACCAAGCCCUCUCUGUACAUGUGUAGCGUGCAUGUGGCUUCUUUGAGCCUCCUAGAUCGUCUUAAGGUGUAUUUGACCACUUUGAAAGCCGUCAGCAAUGUUUUAAUGAACAUGUGUGUGUGCACGUGAGUUGAAAUGAGAUAAAUGGCAGAAAAAUAUUUUAAUGAAACCCUAAUAUAUAUAUAUAUAUAUAUAUAUAUAUAUAGACUUGAUAUGAACUGGUUAAAACACAUCACUGCUUUGUGUAGGUAGAAGAACAAGUGGCUCUUUCCUCUCAGCUGCCAUUUUUGUUUGACUUUACUUCGUCCUCUUUCGGAGGAAAACCAAAGCAACCUUUUAGUGUCAAUAAUAAAUCAGUAUGUACCAUCUUUUUACAUUUUAAUUAAAUAUGUAAAAACACUCACCGGCUGCUAUAUAAAUAGAACAAAUGUUUUCAUGGAGGAAAAAAAAAACUAAGAUGAAAGAAAGAGCUCAGUGCUGGAACUGCACAAAUAGAACUGACACUCAGCUAGUCAUCUGUCAAUGACGUAUACAAUCUGCUUCCUCUGGGAGAAAGAUAAAGCUGUUUAUUACCCAGCUCAUUGUUUGUAUAUGAGAUGAUGAUCAUAGACUUAGCUCUGUUUGUGUGUGUGUGAGUGCGAGUGUAACUGUGCGUGUGUUGGAUAAUCAUUUUAUACAGAGAGGGACUCAAAACCACAACAAAGCUGUUGGUAUUCCUGCAUUAAUUAUGUACACACAUAUGUUAUCGUUUUCAUGACUUAUUACCUGUAUCUCAUGUGUAUCUCUUCCAAUACUGUGCCUCUGUGUAGUCCAUGUGAACUGUUUAUGUGUGUAUUGAUGUUGCAUUAUUUGAUGUGUUCUGUAAAUAAACUAAGUGAAACAUUUA